CAGUUCAGGGGCAGCCCCCCUUCCUACCCACCCCCAUUUCCCCAUUUAGGGGUCCGGUGGGCAGGAGACGGUGUACGUGCGGACUGGGCUGCAGGCCUGCUGGAGCGUGUCUUGGAGCUCUGGGCCGGGACCCCGCCCACGCAUAGGUCCCAGAAGGAGCUGCGAGAAAAGGGGCCGCUGCGGGUGCUGGCGCCGCUGAAGGACGUGGUGCUGAUCGAGGGCAGCACGGCCAAGCUGACUUGCCGCAUUUCGGCUUUCCCGGACGCGUUCAUCCGCUGAAGCAAGGAUGGCAAAGAGCUGCGCGACAGACCCAAGUAUCGCUGCGUCUUUGAGGACCCUGACGUAGUGGCGCUGGUGGCGCGCGACGGCGAGCCGGCAGACCCAGGCCAGUACAGCCUCAAUGUAACCAACCCCUUCGGCCAGCGCUCCAACUCGGCGCGCGUCCUUGUAGAAGUCACGGCUAAGGUUUCAGAAGGACCCGACAACGCUAAGGCGCACAAAGGCACCCCGGUAAUGCUGACUGCAGAGAUCUUGGGCGCACCUCCGCCCGACGUGGGCUGAACAAGGACUACGAGGACGACAGGCAAGGGCCGGGACCUGCAUCAAGGGCAGGGUCUGGGGGUGUUCUUCGAGAUCCGCGAGAUUGGCGCGAUCGGCGCCACCACCACGACGCUGACCAUUUGCCAGGCCACACCUGAGGACAGCGGCAGGUACGAGGUGUAGGUGGACAUGGACCAGAGCUUCGCGCGGGGACGUGGCCUGAAGGAACCCACAGACUUCUCGUCCUGACCUCAAGGCCAAGGGUGGAUGGGACCGACAACCCUUCCGAGUCUUGCUUAAUAAAGCUGCUCUCUCUGACCCUCCUCGUCUGUUCUGUGCUGCAGCAUCGCCUUCUCUCUCCCGGGCCUCCACCCCCACACUUAUUCCAGAUCCACAGGCCAAGGUCACAGAACGCUAGAGUCAGAGGAAAGUUACGAGAGUGCCUAUUUCUUGCUUCACUUUACAGUCAACCCGAAAUAGGAUCUCUCCUACCGUCGGACUUCCCGGUGGACCCUCCCCAUCUGUUCCCUGCGGAGCUCGACUGGCGGUGCAGCCGGGAUUCCGCCCUCCCUCUUGUCGCCGGGUUCAGGCCCCGCCCCCCAGGCUCUGCGUGCUCUGGCCCCGCCCCUUCCAAGGCAGGUCACACUCCGGUAGUCUCCUGUCGCACUUCUCGGGUAACCGAGUUCUCCACUUUGGCCGCUGCCCUUGAGCCCAUUCUCGGACAGUUCAGGUCCCCAUCUUACAUUCCAGUCUCUGCGGCUCAGACUCUGUUCCUUCUUCUCACUUAGACUGGCCCCUCGAUCCUUUGGCAAGGCUCCCCGGCUUUUGCCAUCUCUAUCCCUCCGUC